AUGUCUGCAGCAGAUGGCCCGAGUCCGAGCUCCGAUGGUCACAAGAGUGCAGCUGAUGGUUUACAUGUGAAAACACAUCGUCGAGUGUCAUCGGUAUUCCUACCGCCUCAGCCUCCGAUAAUCGAGCGAACCGCAAAUGCAGUGUCCAAUUCCCUGACACCCCUAUCGAAUAAACUCGGACUUCGAUCAAUCAUUCUAGCAAAGUAU